GAGUGGUCGACACUACCCUCAAAGGCGCAGCUCACCCCCCAGGCCAAAUCUGCCGUCUCCGUUGCUCCAAUGACUCCGCAUAGAGCUAUCCAUUGACCUUAGCCAUGGGCGUAUUACAGGGAAAUAUCUGCAGGAAUAGUAGGAAGCGACAACAGGGGUCGAGGGAAGGUAUCUUACAAAACACGUUGGCUGUCCACCGACGAUUGAACUUUUCUAAUCCAUUGAACCUCUUGCAAUACCUAAAAAGUCUGGGAUUUUUGAAACUCAAGAUAUUUUAAUCAUGGUUAUUGGCCCCGGGAACCAGUCCUCAGUUCCCCGGCGGCACUUAGUGCAUAGCCACGCACACGAAGGUGCCGUCCCCGGAACCGUUGAUCUUCGAGCUGCUGAGGGCGAUGAUACAGCGUUGGGUCAGGCGCUGUUUCCGGUGCCGGCGGAAGAUCCCAAUGACCCUCUUCAAUGGUCUUCAUCUAAGAAAACAAUAAUACUCGUCAUCUGCUGUGCCUACUCGUUUCUCGGUAAUGCAUUUCUGCUCGGACCAGCGCCGUACAUCACGCUAUUCUCCGAAAUAUUUGACAUCACCCCAGCGCAGGCGUCUGGGCUGAUCUCGUACCCAAACCUAGCUUAUGGCUUUGGGUCGUUGGUGCUGGUUCCUUUGUACCUCAAGUUCGGCCGACGACCUGUGAUGCUGGGAUCAAUGCUAUUCUUCGUCGCAGGAAUUAUCGGAGCAUCUCAAGCUCACAAUUUUACAGGACUAAUGGUCGCGCGAGUCUUCGCUGCAUUUGGGUCUGGUAUAUGCGAAGCAAUUCCUGUACAGUUGGUCAAUGAUAUCUUCUUUCUACACGAGCGUGGCAAGCAUUUGGCAUUUUACUCUUUAACUUGUUCAGUCGCGAUUUGCUUGGGCUCCAUCGCUCCAUUACCAUCAGCACAUAUGCUCAUUGAGCCCUACUCAUGGAGGUUGUUCUUCUAUGUCAUCUUGGCAUUCGCGUCAGCACUGCUAGUCUUGGCCUUUCUGUUCGUGGAAGAGACCUCAUACGACAGGAAGGCUCAUAAACUGUCCGAGACGCCAUCUGAAGACCUGCGGGCUCCAGAAGAUGCCGAAAAGCCCGCCCAAGAGACCUAUGAACGAAGAGCUGCCCCUGUUCCAGAACGCAUUCCCUUUUUCAAGACUUUGAGCCCACUAGGACAUUAUGAUCCCCAAUCACCAUUUUUUAUGACCAUUGCUAGGUCGUUCACCUACUUUCUCGUGCCGCAGGUCUUCUGGGUUAUUACCUCGUUUGGGAUAUAUAUCGGACUAGGAGCUUUCGCUUUCAACUACACAUUCCCGAUCAAGAUCAUGGGGCCUCCGUAUAACUGGAGUGAGGCAGAUUCCGGUCUCAUUGCAUUGGCAACGUUGAUCGGUUUCCUUCUUGCCGUUCCUUUCGCGCCUACAUCCGACCGCCUCGCCGCCCGACUGACGCGACGCAACAACGGAGUUCGAGAGGCCGAGAUGCGCCUGGGCGUCAUGAUUCCCGCCAUGAUCGUUGCGCCGGCUGGCUUAAUUUUGUUUGGCUUGACCGCGCAGUACAACCUACACUGGCUUGGAUACUUUUUCGGCGUGGGCAUGGAGCAAUGGUCCGCAUACUUCUACUUUUCAUUCGCGCUGGCGUAUGCCGUAGAUUCGUACAACUCGAACGUGUCGGAGAUGCUGAUCGCGAUGAACCUUGGGAAGCAAGCUAUCAGUUUCGGCCUUUCCGUCAAUUUGCUCGACUGGGUACUGGAGACGGGUUACGCAGUGGUGAUCUCCGGAAUAUUUGCUGCUGUCUUGAUUCUGAACAACAUCGUGUUGAUAGUCUUUAUGAUCUGGGGCAAGAAAAUCCGACAGGCAAUGGCGAGAUCGUGGCUAGCACGGUUCCAUGGACGACACAUCCAUCACGAACCAAAUGUGGCCUGAGGUUCAUUCCGAAAUGAUGUUAUAGGACUUGCCACGAUGCUGAUCACAAAAGCACACUGCUUGGGC